AUGUCGUGGCAACGACUCCGCAUCUCGACGGUAUUCAACAGCACACCAUCCAGUUUUGCCUCGUUCCCGCUGCCUGCGGUGUUCAGCCCUGGAGUAGUCUCGUUGCGUAGUCUGUGUACGUCUACCGCCAGCUUAGCCACGCCGCCACCUCACAGGAACAUGCUCGCCGAUCUUCGCGUGCUUCACGUGCCAUCCUCCGACACCAAUGUGCUACCACCAGUCAUCCUCCAAUUCGGCGCUGAUCGCUACCUCUUCAAUGUUGGCGAAGGCACAUCCCGCUCCUCCACCCAGCGCAAAGCAAAUUUGAGCCGUGUUUCCAACAUCUUUGUUUCUCGUGUAGGAUGGGAGGCCAUCGGUGGUCUGCCAGGCGUGCUCAUGUCCAUGGCCGAUGGACAGCGGGCCACCGAGUCUCUACACGGCCCUGACGGCCUCCGAUAUGCACUCGCCACCAUGCGUACCUAUGCAAAGCGCGACAUCAUGAAACUUGUCAUCAACGAGAUUCCCGCACACAUUGGCCCUUCCAACACCGCCAACAAGUCAACGGCGUCUGCAGAAACAAACACAGAACCCUUUUUCACCGAUGAUAACCUCGCUGUCCACGCUGUCUUGCUGUUUCCCGCUAGUGCUGUUAAACGAGCAUCGAAAAAGCAAAAGAUCGGCAGCCCUCGCCCGCCAGCCGUCUCAGCAGCUUCCCUAGAAAAAGUAGAUCAACUGUGGCGAAAGCCCUACUUCAACCCUUCCACUUUGGAAGACGAACAAGCACGAGCUUGGAUCCACCUCAUCUCCGACAGCAUAUUCAACGACUCGCUUCUUCGUAAGCGUCAGCAACAGUCGAGCGCCAUGGCUGGGAACACUAAAGACGCGAGCACUUCACGGCAACUCGUCUCCUCAGCCGAUGACGUCGAGAUGGAAGAUUCCGACCAAGUACCAGCUUCUUCAUCAUCCUCGCAAGCUCGAGCUCACUCACCCUGGCGCCCCCCACUUUCUCCCGCUUUCGUUACCCGCCUCCUACCGCGGCCAGGGAGCGACACCCGCAACGUGUCGGCGGAACGUUCUGAUCCAGCCGAAGGAGGACAGGCUCCCGUUCUGGCUUUCAUCUGCGAAGCUCACCCACAGCGAGGCAAGUUUGACCCUGCCAAAGCUACGGAGGCUGGGGUUUCCCCAGGCCCCUCAUUUGCGGCCCUGACGAGGGGAGAUGAUAUCAGCUUCCAACGUCCCGUGUCCUGGUCCAGCAUGCCAGCAGAUGAGAGAAAAAGGUGGAUGCAGAGCCGGAGAGGCGCCCAGCGUGGUGCGAAUGCGAACAGCAAGGCAAAGGCCAAAAACUCCAAAGACUCGGCACCGCCCGCUGCAUGGAGCGAUCUCGAGCAAGUCACUGUCAAGUCUACCGAUGUUAUGGGCCCUUCGCGUGCUGGUGCCGUCGUGUUGCACAUCUACCUGCCAUCCCUCGAUUACAUCGACGAUCUGCUCAGCGACCGAGUAGCCUCUGCCUUCUCAGCCUACACUUCCGACGCCAAUCGUCAUCUCAACAGAGAGCAAUCUCGCACUCCGCACGCCAUAGUUCAUGCCGUUCCGCUCGAUGUCCUUCAGCAUGCUCGCUACCAAGAUUGGAUGCGUCGAUUUGGACCUGACUGCCACCACAUCGUGGCCAACCACCAUGUCUGCGCCAACAAGCUCAUGUUUCCUUCCAGCGCCACCAUUCAUCUCCGUCUCUCUAAACUCGACGGCGUCAUGUUCAAGGUGCCUCAGUAUCAGCUCACACCCCGAGUGCCCGUGUCUUCACUCGCAAAGGCAGUCUCGAGCAACGCGACCGUUGCCGCGAAUGACUUCCCAAUCAAGAUCGUGGCAGCAGAGGCAGAUCAGGUCAUCUCGCUCCAGCCAAGAGGCGAACCGAAGCAUUUUGAGUCGGGCGCUCCCGACUUCAACUUUGCCGUUCAGUCAGAACAGGCCGACAAGCUGGCUGCGUUCGAGUUCGACGUUGUCGAGGAGUCCCAGCGCCAAACAGAGCAGCUUACCAAAGCCAAGGCAAAGAACAAGAGCAGUGCCAAGAAUGGUGUCGUCGACGUUGCCGUAGACGCGGCAGCUGACGAAGUCGGUGCUGUGCGCAACGUUCGACUCCGUGAAGCGCGCAAGCAGGCGUGGCAGGUCUACCUCGAUGUGGUCCAAAAGAUCAAGGCUGACUCGUCGACCGCAUCGGCUACUGUCCCCCCGAGGAAAGACAUCCUCGUGACCACGCUAGGCACAGGUUCGGCAGCGCCGAGCAAGUACCGCAAUGUCAUUUCAACCUUGAUCCAAACACCUUCGUCAGGCACCAUCUUGCUUGACGCUGGAGAAUCGACAUACGGCCUGCUUCGCCGCAAGUUUGGAUGUCGACGAGACGGCACUGCUGCCGAGAGCGGAUCGUCGGCCUCGCAGGAUGUCGACGACAUUCUCCGCGAGAUGCGCGUGCUGUUCAUCAGCCACAUUCAUGCCGAUCACCACAUUGGUCUCAUCCGUCUGCUGCUCGAGCGACGGAAGCUUCAGCCUCGACCGGCCAAGCCCCUCUACCUCGUUGGAACAGGGUUCGUACACAAUUACCUCGAAGAAUACGAUCAAAUUGAGAAGCUCGGACUGGAUGAAGACGUUGUUCUCGUCCUCAACGACCACCUCGAUCACGCCACCGGAGUCGAUCCAAAUCCUUCCAGUGAAGCAAGCCUCAACAGCACAUUGACCAACGGCAACAGCCGUGGAUUACAGCAAGCACACCGCGAGCACGUUGCGCACGUGCAAGCCAUCAAGCAGGCCACCGGCCUCUCUCACAUCCACACGGCACGCGUGGUGCACCGCGGCUCGCACUGUUAUGGCCUCGUCCUCCGACACACCACGGAAGACUGGUCCGUGGCCUACUCUGGCGAUACACGUCCAGCACCCGAACUCAUCGCUGCUGGCAAAGACUGCAAGUUGCUCAUCCACGAAGCCACACUCGAAGACGGUGAGCUCGAGAUGGCGAUCGGUAAGGGGCACUCGACUUUUGGAGAAGCGAUUCGAGUCGGACACAAGAUGGGUGCGCACAACAUCUUGCUGACGCACUUUUCGCAGCGCUACCCGAAGAUGGCCCGAUCUUCGCUGUUUGCCUUGGGCGAGCAGGCGGAUCAAGGUGGCAAAAAUGUGCCGAUUGCACUGGCAUUUGACAUGGUCACGUAUCCGCUGAGUCAAUUCAGCAAGAUUCAAGGGUAUACACCUGCGAUGGAGGCACUGUUCGCGGCCGACACUGAGGGCGAAGAUGAAGAUCAGUCGGUUGCCGAUGAUGCCAAGGAGGCUGCGCCAAGCUCGGGCAAAGCCAAGGGCAACGGGAAGCAAGGCAAGAAGCAGGCGAAUGGCAGCAGUGCAAACGGUCUGAAUGCAACAGCAGCAGCUGCCGCGGGAACGGUGGGGAUUGUGGCUACAAACGAGGAUACACACCCUAACGCAAGGGAAGCGAAAGCUGCAAAGACAGACAACAAGCCAUCCAACACUCAACCUCGUCCUACGACCGAACGAUACAUGCGCAAAGGAAUGAAGCCGUCCGAUUGGCGCUACCUCGGCCUGCGACUCUCUCCCUCGUCAUCGUCUUCCACCUCUGCAGCGCUACCGACGAUCCUGGCGACGUAUGUGCUCGAGCUGGUGCAGACAGCACAAACGGCGACGAUGGGUGCGGCCGGCGGAGCGUUCAAUGUCGAUGUCCUAUCGGUGCAUGCCAGUGCCAGCGGAACGGGUUGGGAUGCAGUGCUGCGUGUGGAAGCGCGACACGGGCAGGACCUGGCUACGUGUCUCAGCAUGCUUCCAUCGCCCCGAGUGCAAGAUGCUCAGCUCAGGUUGAGUAUCGUUGGGCCAACGACAGCUAUCCAGACCGUGCAGAAUCUGCUCGAGUAG